CUUUUGUUUGUUUAUUAAAGAAAAAAUAAGACGGGAAUCUUGUCUUGGACUCCCUGGUUGUUGUCUUACCAGUUACCAAGAGAGGGAAUAGCAACGAGCACUGUCAAAAUUCUUAGAAGAGCGCAGAGCCGCAGGCAGACUCAGAGACAGCUCGAAAGAAUGAUUCACUGUACUUUAUUAUAAUAGUUAUAUAUAUUAGUGUGAAACGCCAGCUCCCUUCAAAGAAAUGGGGCUAUGAUGAGCUCUCACAAGAGUCGUAAUAUUCCAGCUUCCCUUCACUCUGGUCGGUUCUUUCUUCCUUUCCUGAACCCAAAUUGGUAGAAUCUCCAAUCCAAAUUCCUCUACUUAGAUCCCUCCACUUCGCCAAACACCACUGUUUCUCACUCUGUACCCUAAACUCUGCGUCUUUUCUUCUUCUGGUGGCUGAUUCUUCCUCCAAAGGCAUCUCCUUUCUUCAUUCGAGGUAUCGAUUCCGAUGGAUCUCGCAUAUGUCUCCAAUCUCCAUUUUUCUUCCUCUGUCUCACUAUUUUAAUCAUUUGGGUUGAGAAUCGUCGAAGAUGGAACUAGUUCUUGCAGCUUUGGUACUGGCUCGCUUGCUUUCUUGUGCCUUUUCAGAUACACAAGGGGAUGUCCUAUAUGAUUUGAAGAAUUCAAUAAAACCUCCAGCCUACCAAUUGACUGAUUGGAACCCAAAUCAAGUAAACCCAUGCACUUGGUCAAAUGUAAUUUGCGACAAUAACAACCAUGUCACUUCAGUGACUUUGUCCGGCAUGAACUGUUCAGGAACAUUGUCUCCAAGAAUAGGAGCUCUGAAGACUCUUACUACACUGACUCUGAAAGGAAAUGGAAUAACUGGUGAGAUACCAAAGGAGUUUGGGAAUAUGUCAAGUUUGACAAGCUUAGACUUGGAAAACAAUCGUCUAACUGGUGAAAUACCGCCUUCCCUUGGGGAUCUUAAGAAGCUCCAGUUCCUGACAUUGAGCCAGAACAAUCUCUCUGGACCAAUCCCUGAAUCACUUUCGGGUCUUCAAAACUUGAUAAAUAUUCUGCUCGACUCUAAUAAUCUGUCCGGUCCGAUUCCAGAUCGCUUGUUCAAAGUUCCUAAGUACAAUUUCACUAGAAACCACUUGAACUGCAGUCAGAAUCCUCCAAAUCGGUGUGAAUCUGAUAGUACUGACUCAGGAGAUUCACAUAAGCCAAAAGUUGGAAUUAUUGUUGGAAUUGUUGUUGGACUUUCAAGUAUUCUUCUUGCAGGAGGCCUCAUGUAUUUCAUCUGCAAGUAUAGACACAAAGGCUACAAACGUGAAGUCUUUGUCGAUGUGGCUGGUGAAGUAGACCGGAGAAUUGCAUUUGGUCAACUGAAAAGAUUUUCGUGGAGGGAAUUACAGCUGGCAACUGAUAACUUCAGUGACAAAAAUAUCCUUGGACAGGGAGGCUUUGGCAAAGUUUACAAAGGAGUGCUUCCUGAUGGCACGAAAAUUGCAGUUAAACGGUUAACUGAUUUUGAGAGUCCUGGAGGAGAUGCUGCAUUCCAACGUGAAGUCGAGAUGAUAAGUGUUGCUGUUCAUAGAAACCUACUAAGGCUAAUUGGGUUCUGCACGACCCCAACAGAACGUCUUUUGGUUUAUCCCUUCAUGCAGAAUUUGAGUGUGGCUUAUCGUCUAAGAGGUAAGCGUAAACCUGAGGAAACGGUACUAGAUUGGGAGACCAGGAAAAGGGUAGCCUUGGGCGCAGCAAGAGGUUUGGAGUACCUUCAUGAACAUUGCAACCCUAAGAUAAUCCAUCGUGACGUAAAGGCAGCUAACGUCCUCUUGGACGAAGAAUACGAAGCAGUUGUUGGCGAUUUCGGCCUUGCAAAGUUGGUAGAUGUGAGGAAAACUAAUGUCACGACUCAAGUUCGUGGGACAAUGGGCCACAUAGCUCCUGAAUACUUAUCCACAGGGAAGUCCUCCGAAAGGACAGAUGUUUUCGGCUAUGGCAUCAUGCUUCUGGAGAUAGUAACAGGACAACGUGCAAUUGAUUUCUCACGCUUGGAAGAAGAGGAUGAUGUCUUAUUGCUCGAUCACGUGAAAAAGCUGGAGAGGGAGAAGAGAUUGGACGCGAUCGUGGAUCGAAACUUGAGCAGGAGCUACAACAUGGUGGAAGUAGAAAUGAUGAUCCAGGUUGCACUGUUGUGUACGCAAGCCUCGCCUGAAGAUCGUCCCGCAAUGUCUGAGGUUGUGAGGAUGCUGGAAGGAGAAGGGCUAGCCGAGAGAUGGGAGGAAUGGCAGCAUGUGGAAGUGACUCGAAGGCAAGAGUACGAGCGUGUUCAGAGGAGAUUUGACUGGGGAGAAGAUUCGUUUUACAACCAAGACGCUAUCGAAUUGUCCGGUGGAAGAUAGCGAAAAGAGAACAAAAAAAUUGAUCUGUCGAGAGUUGCAUUUCAAAGAUGGGACAGUUUGUGAGGCUUUCAUGGUACUCCACAGAUGUGUUGUUGCCCUUGUUCUGUUCUGCUCUGCUCUGCUCUGCUCCUUACCUGUGCAUGCAAGUUUGUUUCAAACAUGUUCCAGCUCCUCCCUAUGUUGUUUCUAUAGUGAGGUUUGGGUGCAACUGAAUGAUACACCUUUUUUUUUUUAAGUAUCAGGAAUGAUGCCUCCAUUCCUUGGAUGUGGAGUAGCAAAUUGCUUGUUGCUAUUGGUGCAACUUUUUACAUAUAGCACUUAAAUUUCUUGUAAAGAGUCUGUAAGGAUUCUAGCAUAGCAGGUAUCCAUGCAGCAUUGUAAUCCCAAUGUCCAGUGUACCAUGAGCUCUUUGCUUGUUUUUCCUCUCUUUAAUGUAGAUAUAAUAAGUGUUUGUGAUAUUGUACCGUGCAACAAG